AUGGGUUCAACAAAAGAAUUUCCCCGCAUUAAGACAGUCAGCACCUUCAUCAUUGAUGGUGUCGGUUCUGGCGGUGAUUACCACAAUGUCAAGGGAGGUCACUGGUUGGUGGACAGCAAUAUCUCUACCCCCAUGACCAAGUGGGCACAGUUCCGGGGUUCGCGCACGUCCUGGGGUAUCAAUGUUUUGGGAUCUUUCUGUGUUGAGAUUGAGGCCACCGAUGGCACCAAGGGCUUUGCAACUGGUUUCGGUGGUCCCCCUGCAUGCUGGCUCACCGAGCAACAUUUCAACCGUUUCCUGAUUGGUGCUGAUCCUCGUGACACCAACGAUCUCUUUGAGAAAAUGUACCGCGCCUCAAUGUUCUACGGCCGCAAGGGUCUGCCCGUCGCCGUGAUCUCAGUCAUUGACCUUGCCCUGUGGGAUUUGCUGGGCAAAAUUCGCAACGAGCCUGUUUACAAGAUGAUCGGCGGUGCUACCCGCUCAAGACUAGAUUUCUACUGUACCGGUCCCCAACCUGGCUCUGCUAAGGCUGCUGGCUUCAUCGGCGCCAAGGUGGCCUUGCCCCACGGCCCUGAUGAAGGCACCGAGGGUCUUCUGAAGAACGUUGAAUACCUGCGUCAGCAGCGCGAAAAAGUCGGCCCCGACUUCCCCUUGCGCGUUGACUGUUACAUGUCCUUGACUGUCUCUUAUACAAUUGAUCUGGUUAAGCGUUGUGAAGCUAAAAACCUUGACAUCGACUGGUGGGAGGAGUGCCUUUCCCCCGAUGACUUUGAUGGCCAUGCUCUCCUCAAGCGUGCCCACCCCACUGUCAAAUUUACCACGGGUGAGCAUGAGUACUCUCGCUACGGUUUCCGCAAGCUUAUUGAGGGUCGAAACCUUGAUAUUCUCCAGCCUGAUGUUAUGUGGGUUGGCGGAAUGACCGAGCUGCUGAAGGUCUCCGCCAUGGCUGCUGCUUACGAUCUGCCCGUGGUGCCUCAUGCUUCCGGUCCCUACUCCUACCACUAUGUUGUCUCCCAGACAAAUUGCCCCUUCCAAGAGUACCUGGCCAACUCUGCUGACGGACACACUGUCGAGCCCGUCUUCGGGAACUUGUUCUUAAACGAGCCCAUUCCUACUAAGGGCUACCUUGAUGUCUCUAUUCUCGAUAAGCCUGGCUUCGGGCUGGAGCUCAAUCCUGCUGCUCCUCUGAUUCCCGCUGCUGCUAUUCUGACCCCGGCACCUCAGAAGUCCCUACGAGCACCUGACAACGAGCAGGCAGCCAAUGGCUCCACAUAG